AUGACUUCUUCUCCUCCUCCUACUAAGCUUCAGAUUCCUGUGGUCUCUAUUAUUCCCGGGAUCGGUGAAGCCGUUCGGAAACAACUUUCAUCAUCCACGGCUUUAUCUCUUGCAUCGAAAUUAUACCAAUCAUCAAAACUUGAAAUUCUCGAUUUUCCUUUGCCAGUAAUUGAUCCUCUUAAUGUCAGUAACAAACAAUCGCCCGAGGAACUUGUCGACAGUGCAUCAUCAUCAUCAUCAUCAUUACCCCCCAAGUGGAAACUGGACCUCAUGCAGCAACAAAUUCUACAAGAUGCCGAGAUUCUCUUGAUGGACGCUCAUUUGGCUGCCCCAUUAUUACUCGCCCCCAAGACAAAUUUACCAAUUGAGUUACAGCAUUUACUGAAGAAAGUACAGUGGGUACAGGGCACUUACGCUGGUGUUGAGUCCUACCAUCAGUAUCCAGAUGCUCCAGCAGAUCCAGGUUUUACAGUCUCACGAGCAGGCGGGAUCAUGCCCAAAGCGGUGACUCAAUUUGUUUUUGGAUACGUGAUUGCAAUUGAACGCAGACUUUUUGAGGCACAAGAGUACCAGAAAAAACGAGUCUUUGGUCGAUAUGAACUCAAGUACCGCUCGUUUCAGCAAGUAACGAUUGGCAUUCUCGGUCUUGGUGAAAUUGGUCAAGAAAUGGGACGUAUAUUCAAAGCAUCCGGGUUUCACGUCGUCGGGUUUAAGCGUCAUGUGAGUGAUGGAGAGAGACAAGCACUGCUUUUGAGUGCUGACCACACGUCAACUGACUUGACCGAAGUGCUUGAGCAGAGUGACUACGUCGUAAAUGUGCUACCGAGCACGGAUGCGACGCGCUACUUGUUGACCGAACACAUGCUCGAGCAUUGCCGUAAACGACAGCCGGUAUUCAUUAAUGUCGGUCGUGGCGAUAUCAUUUCGGAGAAAACGAUCAUUGCCGCUCUUGACACAGGACUACUGUCGAAAGCCGUGCUGGAUGUUUUUGAACAAGAACCUUUGCCGAAGGAGAGUCCAUUGUGGACGCAUCCAAAGGUGAUUGUAACACCACAUAUCGCUGGCACUGUUUUUCCAGAGGACGUUGCAGAUGUAUUCGUGAGGAACCUCGACCGCCGCAUUGAAGGAAAAGAGCAGGUGCUGUAUCAAAUGGACUGGUCAAACGGCUACUAG